UUUUAACUUCCAAACCUUUAAAUGUUAAGUUCUAGCUAGCCUCUUUCUCUCUUUUUUCCCUUUCCCUCCUUUUUUUAAAUUUUUUUUUCCAGAUGUGGGGCUAAAAUGUAUCUGAGUAAGACGCUUGUCUGAGCUUUUCUUCCCUCGGUUGCACAAUGUGAGCUGGGUAACGCGGAGGCUUAAAUUGCGCCGCUGGCGUGCUUGCGUGUCUCCGCGCGCUCCGGCUAAAGAUUUAAUUCGGGCGAGGGGUGGAAUCGAGCAAAGGCUGCAAUUGGGGGGGGGGGAGGGAAAGGUGAUCAGGUCGAGCGCAUGUCGAAGAUCUGUGUAAAUUGGAGUUUGUACCUUCAGAGGCUCUGUUUGCUCAUCUGGGAGGAAAAACAUUUGCAUGGCCAAGCCAGAGCUUUGUGGCCUCUUUGCUGGGUGGGAGGAGGAGACCAAGAGGAAGGUUAAGAAUUUCAGAGGAGCGAUUUGAAGAAAGAAGGGUCGCUUUCCGCAAGCCGCGAAGUAGGGCUUCUUCCAGCCAGUUUUGUCGAGGCCAGAGGUCGGGGGAAGACUGACUUUGGGUUGAUUGGCAGUUAGCAUUUUGCAUGGGGAGCGAUCGGGUCUGCCCGACGGUUCAAAUGGGACGCGGGGGAGAAGUGAAAUUAAACGAGUAAGGAAGGCAUGGGAACAGGCGAGAAAGGCUUCUUUUCUGGAUGAAGGAGAACUACUGGAGACGAUUUGUGCCUGUUGAUCGAAAAACGGGAAGACCAAACGGGGAAAUAUCUUCCAAUUAUAGCCUCGAAAUAAUGGCCUACAAGAUUAAAUGGGUCCAGUAACAGGAAUGACUCCGGAUAAGAAAGCUGAAACACCAGGAGUAGAGAAAGCUGCAGGUCUAAGGCAUAUCCAAAGAAUGGGAAGCUUGCCGGAGGCAGGUGAUGCUGCUCGACCAAAAGCCACAGCUGUGGAUAGUGAAGUUGCGGACGAUGAGCUCACCAACUUGAACUGGCUGCAUGAAAACAGUAAUCUCCUAACGAACUUUAGCCUGGGAAGUGAAGGUCUUCCAGUUGUUAGUCCUCUGUAUGAUAUUGAGGGGGAUAAUGUGCCAACGUAUCCAUCCUCCUGCUAUUCUAAUCCGAAGAAGAAAUCUGCCACAUCUAAGCCCCCAUAUUCUUUCAGCCUUCUUAUAUACAUGGCAAUUGAACAUUCUCCUAAUAAAAGCCUGCCAGUGAAAGAAAUUUACAGCUGGAUUCUGGAACGGUUCCCAUACUUUGCUACGGCUCCCACUGGCUGGAAGAACUCCGUCCGGCAUAAUCUUUCUCUGAAUAAGUGUUUCCGAAAGGUGGAGAGAAGCCUUGGCAAGGUGAAUGGAAAAGGUUCAUUGUGGUGUGUGGAUCCAGAAUAUAAACCAAACCUUGUACAGGCUCUGAAGAAGCAACCAUUUCCUUCUGCGUUUGCAUUUUAUACCCCACCAGCAUCACCACUAAGUGGUUCAUCAUCUCCUUGCUAUUUAACCUCAGUUCGGAAACAGUGUCAGGGACGAUCUAUCAAAGAUUCAGAUAUCGAUGCUGCUACUGCCAUGAUGCUCUUGAAUACUUCCAUUGAACAAGACAUUUUAGAUUGUGAAAAGCCACCAUCCCUCAAGCUCUCCAAGAAAAGGAAAUAUGGUAGCACGUUCCAUAACCACACCCAGGAAGAGAGUGAUCCAGCAGUCCCUAACAUUGACCCCAAGGAGGACCACAAUUACAGUGCCAGCAGUGUGGCUGCACAGCGUUGUGCAUCGCUCUCUAGCAUGUCUUCCCUGUCCUCUGUCGAUGAUGUAUACAAAUUUGUCUCAGAGGCCACCCGGACAGGGAGUGACGGCAGUGAAGGAUUUCAGAGUGAAGUGGACACAGAUGACAACGAAGAUGAUGAUGAUUCUCUGGCAGACAGUGGUUAUACCUCACAGCCAUGUGUCAGUAUCACAGAUGAGGCCCAGCCUCAUCAGAAGGUCCUGGAGGAACUCUGCCAAGAAAUUGAUGACGAACUCAAAGAGGCGGCUGGGUCUCUUCUUCAUCUUGCUGGGAUCAGCACUUGUCUUGGCUCACUAAUAAGUACUGCAAAGAGCCAUGCCCAGAAGAGAAGGAAAAAAAAUGACAACACAGUGUGAAGAUAAUUGAUCUAUCUAUCUAUAUCUAUAUCUAUAUACAUGUUUUAUUUUUUAGGCUGGCAAUAUUCCUCCUUUUACCCUUUGCAAGGGAGAUCAAAGCCAUAAAAGGACUUUUUGUUUGUUCUUAAUUUUUGCAGAUUAUAAUUUUGCCAUUUAUAAAAUUUUGUUUUUAUUUUUAAUUAUAAGAGCAAUUAAUUUGUGCUUUGAAGGGCCAAUGGAAAUUGUGUGAAACAGAUGAGGAAGUCUCAAUAAUUGUAAGGAAAUGGAAUAUUCAUUAUUAUCAUUGGAAUGAUUGAUUCACAUGGAUAUCAUUGUCAUAAGCAUGUGACAUGUAGGGUCCAACAGAUAAUUGGAGGAAUAAAUUGUCCUAUGCACAAGGGAUUCUUUAAAAAAUAUGUAUAUUGUGGAGAAGAGAAUUGCUUGCCAUUUCCCAAUAUGCCUUUUCAGUUUCUAGGCCUACCAGGUUUUUGUAUGUUGUACUUUAAAAGAAGAGGCUAGAUGCAAAGAGUUUGAUCACACUAAGGAAAAAUCUCUGUCUUUCUAGUUCUGUUGAUUAGAUACUGAGUGAAUGAAAUAUAUUUCAUUUAUGCAAAAUAGGCAUAAAUUAUAUGAUUUUUAGCCCUCAGAAUGGGGUGAUAAAAAUUAAGCAAACAACACAUAUAUAUAUCUAAUUCCCAGUUUGUGCUCAGUAUGUAUGAAUCUGGUAGUCCUAAAGGUGUAGAGGCCCAUCUGAAAUCGGGCAACUAAGCAGGUAAUGUUCCCAUUUUUCACUGCUUAUGGGGUCCACAGUGUCUCCAUUUUUUUAGCGAUAUAGAAUGCAGAACAAGACACAUAAAGACAUGUUUUUAUAGCCUUCAGCUUUAGCUUCCAUUGUUAACUGAUUUCCUCAACUUACAAGCCAAGGGUCUGUGAUUACAUGAAUGGUAUAAAACUGCCAUGAUAAUCAGUUGCAGGUUGACUGGUGUUUGCAAUUAUAAAAUUGAUAGGUAGGGGAGAGAUACAACAUGUGAAUCUUCCUAUUUUUGAGAGUGGGAUCUUGAAUGGGUAAUUAGAAUUUUCUUCCUAUUUUUAACACAAGGUAAGGAGCUGGUUCUUUCUCUUGUGUUUGUGUUAAUUGUAAUUAUUAUAUAUUGGAUCAAUGGUGUAUACAUCUGUUUGCAAAUCCGAGGCCCUUCUUUCUGUCUUGAUAUCUAAAUUAUGUGCAAAUGAGUGACUGCUCAAUUGCAAAUGACCAUUGCACAGAGAACUUUAAUUUUGUUUAGGUUAAGGUAGUUGAUACUUGACUAGUUCUUCAUAUGCUAAGAGUUGUUUUGGGGGCUCUAGCACAUCACCUUGCAGAUCAUAAUGGAAUUAUAUUCCAUAUGCAACAGAAAUAAGUGCAUUGAAAAGUCAUUGUUGGCUGAACAAUUCUAGACUAAUCUUCUCCCUGAUUCUUUAUGAGUAAAGCUUUUAAAAAUUAUAAUGGGAUGAUCAUGAGAGAUUCUUCUUCUUUUUUGCAGCAGUAUAGUUCAGCUGUGUUAUCACCUGUGUGAGAACAAGGGCUUUCAGUGGCAGCUUUCUAACAGACUACUUCCUAGCCUACCCUGCAGUUUUCAGUUUUGCUUUGAUUUAACCCAGCAUUUCUAGAAACAACACAGGAAACUUAGAGAUAGAUAUGUCCACUCCUGGCAGCCUCCACUUUUCUUGGCAAUGGGAUGGAUUUUGUUUAUGUUUUAUAUCUUAUUAUUUCAGCAAUAAUAUAAUCUUCCUUGUUGAAUUCUGAGAUAAGUCCAGAUGCAGCGUGACAGUUGCACAUAACAUAAUAUUUACAAUGCAUGAACCAUGUAAUAUGAGAAUUACCUGUUUCUGUGCAGUGUAUCGGGGAAUUCGAAUUCUGGAAGUGUAUCCAGAUGUUGACUUCUAAAAUUGUGGACUUCUGUAUCUCCUAGGCAUUUAUUCAGAAACAGUUGUGCAUCUUCUCAAUUCUGAGGGCCAUAAGAGAGGUUACUACAGUGUUAGGGAUGCUAAUACACAGUUGGGUUAGGGACAGAUAUUUGCCUGUGGGAUAGUUAGUCUGAAGUACAGGGCCAAACUAUCAUCCAGAUAUCUUUUUGUUGUUACCAUCAGCCAUACUGAUGAGUUUGGAGUCAUGUGGCAAGUGUCCCUGGUUGGAACAAAGAGCACUGGAAACGAUGAGCUUAACUCAGAAAAACAGGAAUCUCCAAGCUGGCACAGCCGUCUUUGGCUGCAGUCUAUUAAUGCAAUUCCAUUACUUUUCAGUGGUCACUUGUGGAAGAAAUGUUUGCAUGCUACAGGCUGGGGCUGUUGUGCCUGUGAAUGUCUUGAAUGUUGCAUAAUGAUCAAAGCAUAACUUGUUUGGAAAGCAGCUUGACAAAUUUCGUCUGCACAUUUUCCAUGCUUUUGAGAAUGAAGGGAAGAGAGUCCACUAGUGGCCCUUUAAGCAAAUCUGCCUGUUACCUCUCUGCAUUUUGCAUUCUUGUGAGUUGUACAUUAUAUUUCUACUGAUGACAUAGAGCUGCUUUGACAAAAGUGUCAAAGAUGUAAAUGUCUGGGACUUAACUUCCUUCACUGCCUUUUCUUGCAUACUGUCUCUUUAUAUCUGCUAAAAACUCUGUCACUGUAAUUUCUGUUAAAUGUUCAGUAGGAGUUCAAUGCCUUAGCCAGGUUCCAGUGAUCCUAACUGGACUGAUUAUAAGAGCUCCGGAACUAAGAGGAGCGAUCCCCCCUUGAGGUUUAUUGUAGGCUUGUGUAGAGUUUUAGAUUCAAAGGCAAAAUGGAGCUUAAGGGGACAAUCACUUAGCACCUCUCUACAAUCCCUUAAAUCACAUUUAUCAUUUCUUGAGAUUUCCCAGCAACUGGCAGGUAUUUUGAGCUAGCAAAAACAGCAGAGAGAUGUAGUGUUCAUACCCCAUAUGCUCCAAUGUGCUUUUUUGCCUUAGAAUGCAAAGCACCGCACAGCCCUACUUUGUUGAAUGCUGCUACUGUUACAGCUUCCCUUAAUUUGGCAACAUCCAGCUGUAGUGUAACUGCAAGUCACAGAAUUCCCAGGCAGUAUGAACAAUGGAAAUUUUGAGAUUUGCAGUCCCAGCACACCCAGGACAGUGCUAUUAGAAUAAUAUCAGCAGAGAUUCUCCUGGUGUAGGCCUUAAGUUUGUAAGAAAUUAUGUAGUUUUUAGUAUUUCAGAAUAAUUUUUUUUGUUAAAAUGAUAGCAACCUAUAAGUGAGUCAACCUUGUAAUCACAUUAUUUUAUAGACAGAAACAAAAAUCUAAUGCAUGGAUGUUUGCACGCUCACCUGUUUGUAGACAACUUUCUUUGAUGUCAAGUUUAAACACAAAUGGUGCUCAUUCUGUAUAUUGCCUGCUUCAGCUCUUCAAUCCAGAAAUUCUCGUGGAUUGGUGAAAAACUGCCUGCUUGCCAGAAUCACUUUUGAAAUAAUCUGCUGAUUAGGUUUUGCUAAGGAAGGAGUAAUGUAGGGGUCUACUUCCAAAUCUGAUAGAUUUUGUAUAACUUUCUGUUUUUUUUCCAUUAAUCAAUAUUGCGAGUUCCACACAGCAUAGUGAUUGAGAAGUGGAAAAAGACCUAUGGGAUUAAAAGUUGCUUUCAAUAUAUUGUUUUUAUUUGCUGUCAAAUAAUAUUUGCCCCUCUUUGAAUAGGGUCUUCCAUUGUAUGACUACUACAAAAAAAUAACUCACAGUGUUACUAGGUUUUACAUUUGUAAAAGAUAGCAUGUGGAAGCCUAGAAUGCCCUGCAAACAUGCUAAAUCAGGGUUAUUUAAGGCUCUUUGUAUGCUUGAGAAGUAUCGUAUUUUCUGCCAAAAGGUACCUACGUUAAAUAAAAGAAGCAGCCAGUAAAUAGAAAGUAAAAUAUUGUAUAAUUGCUCAGUAAUCAGGUUGUUACUGGGUAGAAUUGAUUCACAAAAAUCUCACCUUAGAAAUCACGGGAGAGUUGAAGACUUUUACAUCAAUUCAUAGAAAGCAAAAUUCUCAUCUGACCUUUUGAAUGGCUCUAGUCAUAUAUCCUUCCUAUGAAAUGGGGUUUUCUAUGUGGUAACAUGUGGCUAAGUGAAGAAUAUUGUACUAUAUACAUGAUCCAGAGAGCACCUACAGCAUGGGGAUUUAAUAUAAAGUCACCACUCACAAAUUUAUAAGCAAGCCUGUAUAUUAAGUGCCGAAGCACAUUUUAAGUCCUGUAUGUUGUGCAGAGAUGUCCCAUUUAACAUUUGUCCAAAAUGUGUGUUUAAUAACUUGCGUGAUGUGAAAUUUGUUUCCAUAGCAAUGCAGGUAAUAUGGUUAUAAAGAAAUGUGUUUCUUUGGGUCUUAUCUCUUGAAAGUUGAGAAAAGUUGACUUCAGUUCUCAAUACAUAUUGGCCAGAUUUUCAUGCUUGAGGCUACUUUCCCUAAGAGCUCCUUUGCUCAGGUUUGUCGUCUUACAUUUGACCUGUUAAAAGUCUUGUUUGCAGUCUCUUUUCUCCAGACAAAAGUUGAUGUGUGCACAAUUGUUUUUCAGUGUCCUCCCAUUGCAAAAAAGUCUAAUGUCACCUCUAUGAUAGAAAAUGUAUAGUGAUCAUUAACAUUGGUAGCACUUUCCCUGUUGGUCUUCAAGUCCAAAGGCAGAGCAAUAAAAGCAUUUGGUGAGAACAGAUGCUUCAGAAAGCUCAGAUUUAAAGAGCUACGAUUGUAGAUGCUUGCAAUCUUAGUUACCUUACAUAGCAUGACUUUGGGAAGUCCUCUAAUUGUACAAUUUCUGCCUAUAAAUGGGAAGUAAUAUAUAUGCAGGUAGCAAAUAGCAUAUUGGAGAGAGGUUUAGAUUUUUCCUCCUUAUAUGCUUGUUUACUAUAUGCAUGGUGCUUUUUGAGUUGCAAAAAUAUGACAUCUUGCCCCACCUUCUCCCAUUUUGAAGAGAUCCUGAGCAGGGAUUUACACAUACUUUUUCUAGAAUGGGUCGAACAACAUGUUGUAAUACGUUAGAUUCGUUUCAUCUCUAAAUUCAUUGUGGAAAUUCCAUGAAGAAGGGAACUGCCAUAUCCAAGUUCUUGUGGAUAUGAGGAAAAGCUGCAUUAUUAUUAUUAUUAUUAUUAUUACUUUUGCCUUUACUAGCCGUAUUCACAAAUAUAUGUGUCUUCCUAUGGCCAAAAUCCACGCUGAACUUACUGUUCUAAUUUUCAAAGAGAAGUAAGUGUUUUCAUAUCUUUGCAGGGAAGUCCUCAUUUUCUUUGCUUAAGGUUACCUAGCUCUAGUAUGUCUAAAACAUUGGUCCCUAAUCUUUGCAGCUUGGGGGCCCGGUUGGUGGGGGGAAGGGGAAUUGGGCCACGUGCAUGCUGGCCCAUCACUCGCAUAAGUUGACCUGUGCAUGCUGGCCCGCCAUUCACACGACCCGGUUGGGGACUCCCGUGUCUAAAAGACAUCCAGAUUGUGCUAUGAUUUUUUAUUAGUAAAUUGGGAUGCUUUUAUUGCAAUCAUGCGUCUCUCUCCAUUCUAAAAUUUAUGCGCUGUAGGGUCAGACCAGAACAAAUGGGAAUGGCCAGGGUUCUGAUCAGCAAGGUUAGAGAUCUAUUAUUGUGAUGUGGAUGGAGCAUGUACCUGCAUCCUCUGGAUGUUCAAUACAGAAUAGCAAUAGAGUUAUCUACUCUUAAGUUUGGCUUCAUGAAAGAAUAAUUCUUGCGCAUAGAAAACUAGUAGCCUAGAAUCCUUCCUGAGGCAUUAGCUUCUAAAAACAAGGAACCUACGCUGGGAAUUUGGGAUGGCUACAGAUAUAUUAAUGGCUUUGUACAUUUCAGAAGAAAAGGAAAUAGGAUGAUUUAGCACCAUUAUAUGCAUUUCAGGAUGUGCUAGACUAGCUGUGCUGGUCCUACAAACUCAUAGUAGUCCUUGUCAGCAUAGCUAUAUCUCUUGGGAGGAAAACAAAGGCUAAGGACGGUUGCAAUGAUUUAAUAGUGUGGAACUGAUAUGUGUGACACAUAUACUUGCUGCAUAGAGAACAUCCCUAGGCCAGCUAGUCGGUGUCCUGUUAACAUAUGGAAUCAUUUGCUCUUGGUCAGGCUGCAUUGAUGCAUUCUAUAAUGUUGUCUACUACCUAUGAGGAAGUGUGUGCAGAUCGUGGCCCUUGGCCAGUGAUUGUAUACAUCAUAGUCGGGAGAAGCAGAUAUGAUGGACAUGCUUUGUUUUAGAUGCAAAGUGUAAUCUUACCUUUAAUUUUUUUUAAAAAAGGUAAAUUCCUUUCAGAAAAUUAGUUUAGCUUCAGGGAAAAAAGAGGUGAUUGUAGAAUAUUACCUGAUCCUCUUCAACUCCUAAAAAUUAGCAUAGAGGGCUUUCUGCGGGAGACCCACCUGUUCUUGAGGUAGAAGCUGAUGUCAGUAUUGUGCAAAUCUUUCUCCAUUUCAUAUUCUGGAGCUAAAUUAUAGCUUCCGGGAGAAGUGCAGGCAGCCUUCCUUAGAAAAGCCCAACUUUGAAUUGGAACAGUUUGCAGCUUCUUUAUUUGGCUAAAGCAAAUACGACAGUAAAAGCAAAGCACACCCUGCAAUGCUAAUGAUGGGGUAGUCAAAAUAUUUAUUGAAAAAGAGGAAUAGAGUAUUUUUUAAAAAUCUUGUACCUGCCAUUUAUUUGAAAAAGCACAUUCUCCACAGUUUAACUGCCAGUGCCAAGAAAAGAUUUGUUUUUAGAAGUGUAUUUUUUUUUCAGACUUAAAGUGUAUAAUUUAAAAGUAUUACAUUGCCAUCUUGUAGUGAUAGACCAUUUACAAUUGCCAAUUCACUGUAACUAUUAUUUAUUAAAAAUGGAAAUUGUAAGAAUGCUUUCAGAUCAAAGUAAGCAUUUUUUUUUUUAAUUUACAUUAGCUGUUUCUCCCCACCACCUGCCCCUGCAACUUCUUGGAUUGACUGAGACUAACUCUGCCAGUAGAUUAACCCCUUUCUAACCUGAAAUUCCUUGAACCCCGUUUAGUAGUUGACCUGGUUUAAAAAUGUUUUUGUAUGCUAACCUCUAUUAAUUAAAAUGUUGAUGGAGUUUAUUUUUACCAAAGAGAUGCAAUUCAUUAUGAUAAAGUAUUUCAAAAUAAACUUUGUUUUAUAACA